CAGACCUUACUGCAGGAAGCAGCGCGGUUGGUUCUAAAAAGCACGGCGCACGUGAGAGAUUAUGCGGCGCUUUGCCAGUGUGGCAGCCUUGUACGGCAGCACGCGCCCGGCAUGCCGCGCCCUGCGCCAGCCCCUGCGCCGACCCGCGCUGCGCAGCGCCGUCGCGACGACGCCAAAAGCCCUCGCCGCGUUACUAUCGAGCCAAGAGGCGGGCGGCGGCAGCAAGCUCUCCCUCCACGCGGCGGUCGGCGUCGCCGCGUUGAGCGGCGGCGCGGCGGCCUGCGCCGCGUCAGAUGAUGAACAGGCAAGCCCGCCUCCCCACAAGGACUACGCUGCGAAGUGGACGGCCAACCCUAUCGUUGCCGGGGAUAGGGUCCUGGGGACGAUUAAUGGCGUGGACUGCUCGGAGGCCACGAAGGCGGUUUGGGGCGUGCAGUUCACCAAGCCUUAUCAGAAACUGGACGUAGGGCAGACGGCGACGGGCUGGUUCGUAACGCAAGUGCCGUUCGGCGUGUUCUCGGGCGAGAACUUUUCAAACGUCGGUAAUAGAUUAGGGAGUCACCUCGCGCAAGCGCACGUCAUUGGCUUGGCCAUUGGCGAGGACGGCGACGACGCGGACCAUCUGCCAGAGCUAGAGAAGAACCUGGUGAAGUCUAUCGCUGACGCGACGCACAAGUACAAGAGCACGGAUCAAAAUCUGAUAGGCCGACUGGCGAACUCGCAGACGCUCAUCAUCUACAAGGGCGAGGAGAUCCUGACGUCGAUCGACGUGCAGCGCCCGCCCCGAAGCGAGGAUCCGGCGACGACGGGCCUCCCGGAGCCGAUCCCGAUCGACAAGGCCGAGUUGGUGCGGAGCGCGACGUGGUUCUGCGACGUGGGCGCGGUGCAGGAGUGGGUGAAGGUGCUACAGCUCUUCACGGCGCAGAAGGCCGCCGACGUCAUCCGAGAUGCUGCGGAGAAGGCGCAGAUGCUUGCGCGGCGCGAGGCCGUCCGGGCGGCGGCGAUGGAGGACGACAAGACGGGGACGGGCUUGGAGGUCGUGUUCGCGGAAAUUAUGGGCGCCGCAACUAAAAAAGAGAGGUUCCCGAAAUUGGGCGAGCUGCAGGACCUCGCGGCGCGCGGCGGGUUCGCUGAGGUGGAAUAUGAUGGCGCUGCCAAUAACUGUGUUGGAAGCGUUUGGUACCAGUACCCUCGGAAUCGAAUUGUCGUGGUCCCCGACACCACGCGCUUUGAUGAAAAAAUUCCCAGGUGUACUGUCUGGUCCCACGCGGCAUACUCUGGUAGGGUGAUCUACGCGAAAGCAUUUGUCGAGCUGGGGAAGCUGGCGGAGGCCUGGGACUGGAUCGAGGACUUCGACGCGUGGCUAGAAUCGAAGUCGAUAUUUAUGCCGAAUCCGGAGAACCCUCAACGCACUCAUUGUGGUAGAAAGCCCCUCUCUAUACUGAAUCCGGCCGUGGAACAGCCGCCGCCGCCGACGACGUACAAAGACCGAGCCGGCGUUGUUGUUGAAAGGAGAGCGCCUUCUGCACGCACUACGAAAGGAACCUACUCGCGAUCGUAAGCUUGCUCGUCGAUACGGCGGACGUCGUCGCGUCGUCUUCGCUGGGCCGGGCAAGUUGCAGAGUGUCCGCGUCGGUGACGGACCUGUUAUGUGUAAUACAGUUACCUA